CUAGCAGCUACAGACUGGAACCUUCUGAAACUCCAAAGUCCCUCGCUCAAAGCCCCUGCGGCCAGCGGUGCCUUGAUCUCUCCGCCAAACCAAAACGGCCUUUUUUACCGGUCCCUGAUUAAGCCAUUGUGGUCCCUCUUUUAGCCUUCUCUGACGUCUUUCAAUUGUCAUUGCUCUCAACCCAUUUUUCUACACCUCCUUCUAGUGCAGAAUAGCAUCAUCUGAGUUGAUUGCUCAUUGUUUAACAAGGGGUUUUUGAAACCUGAGAGAUGAGUGCUUAUAUUGUUGGAGUCCUAGUUCCUCUUGUGGUUACUUUUCUAUUAAGGAGUUCAAAGAGCGAGAAAAAACGAGGUGUGCCAGUUGAUGUCGGUGGGGAACCUGGUUACGCAAUUCGAAACAGUCGGUUUCCAUCUCCUGUGGAAACAGCCUGGGAAGGGAUCACCACUCUUGCGGAGCUUUUUGAGCAAGCAUGCAAGCAGCAUUUUGACAAGAGACUACUAGGUACUAGGAAGUUAAUUUCCAGAGAGAUUGAGACAUCCGAAGAUGGAAGGUCCUUUGAGAAGCUUCAUUUGGGUGAUUAUGAGUGGUUAACUUAUGGCCAAGCUUUUGAAGCUGUAUGCAAUUUUGCCUCUGGUUUAGCACAACUUGGUCAUGGAAAGGGAGAACGUGUAGCCAUCUUUGCUGAUACACGGGCGGAGUGGUUCAUUGCACUGCAGGGUUGCUUCAGGCGGAAUGUGACUGUUGUGACCAUUUAUGCAUCUCUGGGGGAAGAAGCUCUCUGUCAUUCACUAAAUGAGACUGAGGUUACAACUGUUGUUUGUGGGCACAAAGAACUGAAGAAACUUAUAGAUAUAAGCGGGCAACUUGACACAGUAAAACGUAUAAUCAGCAUGGAUGAUGAGCUUCCAUCGAAUUCAGCAUCAGUUUCUGCUAGUGUUAGCUGGACGCUUAUAUCCUUUUCUGAUCUACUAAGGCUUGGUCAAGGACAUCCUGUUGAUCCAGAAUUACCUCUUGCAGCUGACAUUGCAGUCAUAAUGUAUACCAGCGGAAGUACUGGAUUGCCUAAGGGUGUAAUGAUGACACAUGGCAAUGUUUUAGCUACAGGCUCUGCUGUUAUGACUAUCGUUCCUGGCCUUGGAACAAAGGACAUUUACAUGGCAUACCUACCCCUAGCCCAUAUUCUUGAACUAGCUGCUGAGAAUAUUAUGGCAGCUGUUGGAAUUUCUAUAGGGUAUGGCUCUCCCUUGACUCUUACUGAUACUUCAAAUAAGAUAAAGAAGGGAACAAAAGGGGAUGCAUCUGUUUUAAAGCCUACACUGAUGGCUUGUGUCCCAGCAAUUCUUGAUCGUGUUCGAGAUGGUGUUCGCAAGAAGGUAGAUGCUACAGGUGGACUAGCAAAGAAACUGUUUGAUUUGGCAUAUGCUCGUCGACUGUCUGCAGUAAAUGGAAGUUGGUGGGGAGCUUGGGGUCUGGAGAGGCUUCUUUGGAACUUUCUGGUGUUCAGAAAAAUAAGAGCAAUUUUGGGUGGCCGUAUCCGUUUUGUACUAUCUGGAGGUGCUCCGCUUUCGGGUGAUACUCAAAGAUUCAUCAACAUAUGUCUGGGUGUUCCAAUAGGCCAGGGCUAUGGUCUGACUGAGACCUGUGCCGGCGGGACAUUCAGUGAGGAGGAUGAUACAUCUGUUGGUCGUGUGGGUGCCCCACUGCCUUGUUCAUAUGUUAAGUUGAUAGACUGGCCCGAGGGUGGAUAUCUAACGAGUGAUUCUCCAAAGCCUCGAGGCGAAAUCGUUAUUGGUGGGCCAAAUGUUACUGUUGGAUAUUUCAAAAGUGAAGAGAAAACCAGGGAAGUAUACAAGGUUGAUGAGAAAGGCAUGAGGUGGUUCUACACAGGUGACAUUGGGCAAUUUCAUGCUGAUGGUUGCCUUGAGAUAAUUGAUCGAAAAAAGGAUAUAGUCAAACUUCAGCAUGGAGAGUAUGUUUCCCUAGGAAAGGUUGAGGCUGCUCUUAUCAUUAGCCCGUAUGUCGAUAAUAUUAUGCUACAUGCUGAUCCUUUCCAUAGCUACUGUGUUGCUUUAGUGGUUGCUUCACAAGCUGCCAUUGAAGAAUGGGCAUCCAAGAAAGGGAUUGAGUACACCAACUUUUCAGACCUAUGCCAAAAAGAAGAAACUAUAAAGGAAGUGCAUGGUUCAUUAGUAAAGGCAGCAAAGGCUGCACGCCUCGAGAAGUUCGAGAUCCCUGCAAAAAUUAUACUCCUUUCAGAACCAUGGACUCCUGAAUCUGGCCUUGUGACAGCAGCUUUAAAGAUUAAGAGAGAAUCCAUCAGAAAGGCAUUCUCUGAGGAUCUGGCCAAACUGUAUUCUUCAUGAUUUAGCAGAUCUUGAUAUCUUGAUACAGCAAUGUAAAAUUUUGUUUAUCAUUUUGCUUAAUGUUGAUGCAGUACAGAUUAAAGAUUCAUGCUUCUGUAUUAUUUUUUAACCUUUAAAAUAACUUUUUCUUGUGCACUAAAUUCCUAAAUGUAGCAAGUUGGAUAACAUUUCCAGUUUGGAUGUUCAA